UAUGUUUAAUCCUUUAAAUCGUGCCAGAUCACCUUAGAUUAAUGGAUAUCCAAAUCAAAUGAAUCCAAAUCCUUAAUAUGGUGGAAAUACAUAUCCAUAUACAGGAUAAUAAUCACCAAUGAAUCAACCUUUAGUAUAAAUGAAUUUUAACUCUUAGACAUAGAGAUCUUUCCCUUAUCCCUAAUAUCCUUAGAAUACUCCGCCCAAAAACUAUCCAGUUUAAUAGUCAUAAAAGAGUAAUCCUCCUUUUGCACAACCACCAUAAUAUCCACCUAGCUAACAAACUGUUUAGUCGAUAUAAGUAUAUUUAAUUAUAAGUUAGUAGCUUCCUCCACAAUCAUAGCCACCUUAAUAAGUCCCUUAACAAAAUUAUGCAUAAAUUCCAUAGCGAUCAUAACAAUAACUACCACCAUCAUCAAUAGAGUCAUAAAAAUUACCUUUUUCAUAGAAUAACUUUUAAUAAUAAGGAUAGACAUAUGUACCAUCAUAAAGUUCUGCUUUGAGUUUAUCAGGGUUGAGACAAACAUAUACACCUCCUACAUUUGUUCCUCUUCAACCUGUCAUGACUGUAUUAUAUAUUUAAGAAUUAGACUGUAAUCUAACGACCAAUUGAAUUUGUGGAUUUAGAGAAGUUUGAAGAACUUUGGGAUAAGAGAAUGAAAGAAUUGGAAGAUAGAAUUCGUUAAUCUCAAUUAUAACCUGAACCUUAAGUUGUUGAAUUGAGAGCUUCAAAUGAUGAAGAAAAAGAUGCUUUAAUAAAACAAUUACAAGAUGAACUUUAUAAAGUUAGAUGUGAUAAUGAAGAAAAGGAUAGAACAAUUUCUGAUAUGAAAAUAGAGUUUUAAUUGAAUAUUUAAACAUUGAAUGCUAAAAUAAAAUAACUUAAUAAUGACAAUAAUGAUUUAAGAUAGGAAUUGGAUGCUUUGAGAUAAUAAAAAUAAUUUUAUAAAUCAUAAUGUGAUGAGAAAGAUGAAAAUAUUUAAAAUUUAGAAAGAGAAAUUGAAGAACUUCGUUAACAUAUAGAAACAUUAACAGAAGAAGUUACAACAAGUUAAUCUGUAAAGACUUAUGAAGAAGAAGCAAAAAUAUGGAGAACUAAAUUUAAAGAAUUAAAUGAUACAUAUCAUGCUUGUUAAGAAAAAUUAAUAUUAACUGAAGCAGAAUUAGAUUUAUUGAAAAGACCUUAAAGUUAGUAAAAAAUUGUAACUACAUCUACUACUGUAGUAAAGAAUAAUAUUUAAACAAGUGGAGCUAAAUCUGUAAUAAUAUCAAUUGAUUAAUUUAGGACUCUGAUUAUCUUUCAAGUAGCCUAACUUAAUAAGAUGUUGAAAGAAUUCAAAAUUUAUCAAAAAAUAUUCCAUAGAUUUGAUU